ACAACAACAACAACAACAACGACAACUACGGGAGAGAGAAUUAGAACAAUUUCUUGAUGAUAAUAAAGAUCGAGAAUUAGAGCUCAGGAAAAGAAAUGCUGAAAUAUUACAGAGAAGAAAGCUCAAUUUAAACCACAACAACGACGACGACGACAACAACUACGGGAGAGAGAAUUAGAUCAAAUUCUUGAUGAGAAAAAAAGAGCAAGAAUUAAAGCUUCGGAAAAGAAAUGCCAGGCUAUUACAGAGAAGAGCUCAACUAGAAAAACAAAGACAGCAACAGCAAAGGACUAGGGUGCAUGAAGGGUCAAAGUAACGAGCUGGACAAAGAACUGCCCACUCCUCAAGAUGGUGUGCUGGUCCAUGGAAUGUUUAUGGAUGGGUCCCGCUGGGAUGAGAAGGAAAUGGUGGUCACAGACUCCAUUAAAGGCAUAAAGAAUUCGGCCCUGUGUGUGUUUCACAUGGAGCCUAAGAUGGACUUUGUUCCUGACGAGGCAGAUUACGUCGCCCCACUGUAUAAGACAUCAGCCAGGGCUGGAGUCCUGUCCACAACAGGACAUUCCACUAACUUUGUGGUGUUUGUUCACUUGCCUUCUAAGCAGCCCCAAGACUACUGGAUAUCCAAAGGGGCUGCCCUCUUGUGUCAACUGAAUGACUAAAGGGCAGACAACUCUAAAGCAUUUAAAUGGAACUCUUGUUUGUAAGAGUGCUUAGCUUUUAUUGCACAAUGAGUGUGAAAGUUGAAAAAAUUUGUACAUACAGUUUCCACAAAUAUUCCGUCCUUCAAGACUUUAUUUAUUUGUUAUAAGAACUGUGAUAAUUUUACAAGUAUUAGAGUGCAUUUUUGAUUUUAUUUCUAUUUGAUUCAUGAUAUACUUUUGUAUGUAAAUAUGUAUUUUUGUUGAUUUAAAAGAUGUCUUUUCUAAUAAGUGCAAGUUGUUAGAUGACAGCCUUUCAUCUGUAUUUUCUCAGAAAUUAUUUAUUUUUAUUUUAUUUUAUUAUCUGACUGUGAUUUGGGUGUGCCUUUUGUUCUUUGUUUUCUAAAGUACAGUUCAUCUAUUUAUUUUUUUUUAAAACAGUUUAAUAUAUGAAUCAUUUAUUAUUGCUGUGAAUUUCACAUUUAAAGGAUUCAAAGUUGAAUAAUGACCAUAUCUUCUUAA